AUGGCCUCCAUGUUCGAGCAGCCAAGAAACGGGACACUGUUCCUGGGCGGACAGAAGAUCUCCGGUUCAGAUAUUCGGGACCAAAAUGUUCUGGCUACACAAGCCAUUGCGAAUGUGGUCAAGAGCUCCUUUGGCCCCAGUGGUCUGGACAAGAUGAUGGUGGAUGAUAUCGGAGAUGUGACGGUGACGAACGACGGCGCGACCAUCCUCAGUCUGCUCGACGUCGAGCACCCCGCAGGGAAGAUACUGGUUGACCUUGCGCAACAGCAGGACAAGGAGGUUGGCGACGGGACAACAUCGGUUGUUUUGAUUGCCGCAGAGCUGCUCAGGAGGGGAAACGAGCUGAUGAAGAACCGGAUACACCCGACGACCAUCAUUACGGGCUACCGUCUGGCGCUCCGCGAAGCGGUCAAGUACAUGAACGAACAUGUCAGCAUUAAGGUGGAGCAUCUGGGACGGGAAUCGCUCUUGAACAUCGCCAAAACAUCCAUGUCCAGUAAGAUUAUCGGCUCCGAUUCGGAUUUCUUUGCGAAUAUGGUCGUCGACGCGAUGCAGGCUGUCAAGACAACAAAUAACAAAAACGAGGUCAAAUACCCCGUGAAGGCUGUCAACAUCCUCAAGGCUCACGGCAAGGGAGCCCUUGAAUCAAUACUGGUUAAGGGCUACGCGCUGAACUGCACUGUGGCUUCCCAGGCCAUGAAGACACGGAUACAAGAUGCCAAGAUUGCCUGCUUGGAUAUGAAUCUCCAAAAGGAAAGGAUGAAGCUGGGUGUUCAGAUUACCGUAGACGACCCGGAUCAGCUUGAGCAGAUUAGGGCGCGGGAGUCCGGCAUGAUCAUUGAGCGCGUGGAGAUGAUCCUCAAGGCCGGCGCGAACGUUGUUCUGACCACCAAGGGAAUUGACGAUCUCUGCCUGAAGCUGUUCGUCGAGAGGGGCGCCAUGGCUGUUCGACGGUGCAAGAAGGAGGACCUGCGGCGUAUUGCCAAGGCUACGGGCGCCACGUUGCUGAGCACACUUUCAGACCUCAACGGCGACGAGAAAUUUGAGCCGUCAUACCUCGGCCAUGCUGAGGAGGUGGUGCAGGAGCGUAUCUCGGAUGACGAGUGCAUCCUGAUCAAGGGCACCAAGACGCAUUCUUCGGCGUCGAUUAUCCUCCGGGGACCCAACGACUUCCAGCUCGACGAGAUGGAGCGGUCGGUGCACGACAGCUUGUGCGCCGUCAAGAGGACCCUUGAAAGCGGCAGCAUCGUGCCGGGUGGAGGUGCGGUCGAGACUGCCUUGCACAUCUACCUGGAAGAGUUUGCGGGCACGGUCGGCUCACGCGAGCAGCUCGCCAUCGGCGAGUUCGCUCAGUCAUUACUAGUCAUCCCCAAGACCCUUGCGGUCAAUGCAGCCAAGGAUGCAUCCGAGCUAGUAGCCCAGCUGCGGUCAAGGCAUGCGCUGUCUCAGCGCAUCCAAGAGGGCGAAGCAAACGAGGACGAGAAGACGGUGGCGCGCAAAAAGGCCUACAAGAACUAUGGCUUGGACCUGAUGAAGGGCAAAGUGGUGGACGAAAUCAAGGCCGGAGUGGUGGAGCCUAGCAUCAGCAAGGUCCGGCAGCUGAAGAGCGCCGUGGAGGCAUGCAUCAGCAUCAUGCGCAUUGAUACCUUGAUCAAGCUGGAUCCGGAGCAGAAGCCGGAGGACGACGGGCACGAUCACUAG